AUGCCACCAGAGCAUACUGCCGCCCUCACUGCCCUCCUGCGGAGUGCCGUCAUCAGCGACGACGAUGAGGUCCUGAUGGCUGCAAAUGCCGCCAUUAAGGUCGACAAGUCAAACUUCAUUGCCCAGCACACAAGAGUUGUAGCGCUUCUCAGGCUCGACCGCUUCGAGGACGCUGUCCGCGUCAUUGCCGAGGGUGGGACAAAACUCGAGGCAAAAUGCACUCUGGAGAAAGCCUAUGCGCUCUACAAACUUGGCGACCUCAGCGCUGCCGCCGAUUGUCUCAAGACUUCCGCGUUGGAUAAUCGUGGCCUUUGCCACAUUGCUGCCCAGGUUGCAUAUCGUGCAGAGCGGUUCAGUGAGACGGAAGCUAUUUACCACCGUCUUCUCGAUGCUGCCGAUGAAUCCCAGGAAGAUAAUGACCUGAACAUUAACAUUAGAGCAGCUCAAGCACAACACCAGUGGCAGGAUUUCUCAUCCACCAGCUCCCUUCUUUCCGACUGCACGCCAGAUACCUUCGAACUGUGCUACAACGUGGCAUGUGCACACAUUGCAAGAGAUGAUCUCAAGAGCGCCGCGACCCUCCUAAAGCGAGCUGCCCAACUAUGCGAUGCCUCGGAGGAGCUGACAGAAGAAGAUAAAGAGGGCGAGCUAAAAUCCAUAUUGGCCCAGCAGGCAUAUGUUCAUGCCAGGCUUGGUGAAACCCGGCAGGCAUUAGAUCUGUACCAGUCGCUACCUACAACAGAGGAUGCGGACCCAAACCUUGCGCUUGUGAUACAGAACAACAUUUCUGUAUUGCAGAUGAAGCCUGUCAACCCGUUCUUGUUUCAUCGUCAAACAGCCGCGUGGAUGAGAUUUGCUACCAGUGCCAAAUUAUUCAGUUACCAAGCUACAGUCUUGGCUCGAAACGCUGCAAUAAUCAACACCCAGGCACAUAAGACAUCCGGGGUCCGACCAAAAUUCUACGAGAAGCCACAAUUACUUGGUAUUGGACAGGAUAAUAAUGUGUUCUCGGUCCUGAAUGUGUCUACUGAAACACAAGGAAAUACCCAAAGGGAGCUUCUCCGACGCCUGGCAGCUCUAUCCAAUCAGCGGCCCAAGGAUGUCGGCCUUGUCAUCACCAUGGUGCAACUUCACCUGCAACAAAAGAAUAGGUCGGCAGCUUUGACUGUUUUAGAAAGAUUUUUCAAUCGUCUCAGCCUAUCCGAGAACGGGGAUGGUGAUGUCCGCUUCAGCCCUGGUUUGAUCGCCUUGGCGGUUUCCUUGAUGGAGUCUCUAGGCAGAAAUUCGUCUAUCAAUUCUGAACUAGCCCAGGCAGUCAAAUACUGGCAAGAUAGACCGAUCGCUUCCAUUAUGUCUCUCCUGAGAGAGGCAGGUAUUGAGCUUUCGACGUCAUCGAACCCCAUAAAUUCGCGCCUUGCUGCGUCUGCCUUCAAGAAGCUUCAUGGAGAGAGUGACGAAUCUCCUGUUGUUUCGGCUGGCCUAGUUGCAACCCUGGCCACCUCCGACUAUUCAACAGUCGAACGACAUACCGGCCAGCUCCCCUCUGUGCAAACAUUAGUUGGCGACACAGAUGUUCGUAUUUUAUUCAACAGCGGCGUUGCAGUGACGUCGAACAGUGCCGCCGCUUCAAGAAAGAGAGCAGCUCCGGAUGAGAACCCCGGUGAGCAGUUGAAAAGGAACAGGAGAAGGCUGCGAAAAACCUACGCUGAGCAUAAUAAGCCUCUCGACCCAGAACGGUGGUUGCCACUUCGAGAUCGCUCGACGCACCGCCCCAAGGGCAAGAAGGGCAAGAAAAAAAAAGGCGAGUCAACGCAGGGUGGCGUCGUUAAAAAUGACGAAACGUUAGAGUUGGUGGGCGGAGGCGGAGUUAGGGUAGAAAAGGCAUCAGGUUCCAACACGUCAAAGAAGAAGAAGGGAAGAAAAUAA